UGUUUUUGUGAAACAAGGAUGGCCGCCAUCUUUAGGUUAUUCGCAGUGUUGUUGAACAAUAUUUGGGUCUAAUUUUGUGAUUAUUAGUGAAUUUGAUUCUUUUAAACUGUUAUUUUAGUCAUUUUUUCAUCGGUGAUCAUAAUCUGACCAAAGACUCAAAAGUUUUCAGUUUAAAUUGAGUGUAAAUGAACGUAAUGUUUACGUUUGUAUUUAUGUUCGUACGUUCGGCUGCUGACAGUUACUGGUGGGCUCUCCGGUGUGAGCGAUAGCAGUCACGGCGUCGACAUCAUCAGUAAUAUCAGCGGGGGUGGGGGGUAGCAAGGGGGCUUCACCCCAAAGUACCCCCGCUAGACUUGUCCCCGUUUCAGCUGAUUCUCCUUUACCCUCCCUCAAUAUUCCUCUUCAACCCCAUCCGAUGCUUUCCAAUACUCGGAAUAACGAAGAAAAUGUCAGUCUCAUUGUUCAGCUGGGUGCAACUCAUGUUGGAUGCCCUCAUGAAUCUGUGGCUGUUUCAACAAUUGAUAGCUGUCAACAGAACAUCGUCAGUCUCACUGGCGCCGAGAGUCAGCCUCUACUUUCUGGAGACAAAAAGCACUCGCGGAGCCCAAUAGUCAAGGAAGAAGUCGUAGCAAGUAGCACUGCGGUCACCUCCUCUGUUUCCCAACAACUCAUUGAAGUUGAUCACUUCAAGCCUCUGAAUGAAAUCAGCAAUGUAGCUCCACAAACUUCUGCUAAUCUGAAGUUUAAAGUUUCUCAAGAUUUGAAGGGAAAUAAUUCCUUUCACAACUCAGCGGCUGCUUCUGCAAAACAUAAACCGACAUUUUCAGAAAUGAACUCAUCCUUGGUUAUGCCAAAUGAACUUUCAAACCUCAAAAGAAAAGUAGUCACAGAGGUUAAUUGUGGAUCUCGAAUGAAACCGGUUGAUCAAAGUUUGAGUUGUAAAUCAAGGUCAAUGAUGCAUGUUCCGAUCCCAAACCAGUUAUCUGUAAAUAGUAAACAAAAAUUAACUGGCGAAAUGAAUAUUGUUGCAACGCCUGACACUUACCUGGGAAUAAAGCAUCGAUAUAAUGUUGAAUUUAGCAGCCAAGAAGGCAUGAAUGUCAAACAAGUGUAUUACAAUAGGCAAUCGCCACAUGUUCCAAAUGCUUCUAGCAAAACUGUCUCUUCUCAUAUGCCUCCACCAAAGUGGCACAAUAGCAGUCAGAUGCUAUCCGGUAACAAGCAUUCAAGUAAAGGUAGCAGCCGAAGCCAUUUCAAAUCGUACGGUGGCGUCAACAAAAGCUAUGCUGCUAACUAUCCAACUUUUACCAACUUCCUACAACAACCAAAGCAUCGAGUUAUUACUUUCAAUAUGGUCAAAACAAUUCCUUCUUCUCGCAUAAAAGCUUGCCAAUGGAAGUUCAAUGAUGAUGAUCUUCUAGAUGGAACCAUUGAAAAAAGGCCAAGGUUUCAUAAACAUCUGCCCCUCGAUGUCCAGUGUGUUCUGCAAGAUCACAAUUAUGGAGCACCACCUCCGUUAAGCCCUCAGUUACCUUCAUUGAUGAAACCAUCUAUCGGUGUGAAUGGCAUGCCCAUAUCAAAUACGCAAAUUCGAACCACGGUUCCAAAUCAUACUCCAGUUAUCACUGCUUCGUACAAAGUCCCAAUGGGAAGCUUGUCUAAUUGCAAGCAAAUACUGAACGGCAACGUCAGUCCCCGACACAGGCCGACUCUUCAAGUUCAACUUCCAUCACAGCCAUCUGCGCUAAGUUUCAACCUCUCAUCAACUUUUAACACGAGUAAGAUGGAAGAAAGUGAGCUCAGUUCAGAUGAGGAUCGAGAGCCUGAGCCGGAAGGAGAGGAAACUGAAACUGCUCCAGAAGCGGAAGAUAACGAAGACGACAGUGUCACAAGAUGCAUAUGUGAGUUUCAGCACGAUGAUGGUUACAUGAUCUGCUGUGACAAGUGUAAUGUGUGGCAGCAUGUUGAGUGCAUGAGUCUGACGCGAGAGAAUAUUCCGGACGAAUAUCAAUGCGAAAGGUGUCAACCGCGACCUGUUAACAAACAACGUGCCAUCCAACUUCAACAAAAGAAAAGGAAACAAUUGUUCAACGACACCACAGACUCGGACAGUUCCAUCUCUUCGAGUUCAUCACCUGUGAAAAAUCCAUUGGCGAAAGGACUAUUGAGCAACAUGAAGCACGUCAGUCGCAUACCUGGAAGAAAGAAAAUAAUCGCUGCACCUCGGAGGAAAAAAGAAAAACUAAUCCGGCAUCCGAAGCAAAGGCGAUCAUACACGCUUACCAAGAGAAACAAGCGAGACCAACUAGGCAGCAAAGAGCCUGUAGCAUCAACUCCUCAUCAGGAGAAAAAAUUAACUUCAAGAAGAAAGAGCGGAGCUCGCGUAAGUUUUGACGGUGAGAAAAGUCCGGUGGAGGCAGAAAGCACCCUCCACAGCCCGGUUGAAAGAGGCUCAGUACAGCAGUUGAGGCAAUGGAUUGACAGUUAUGAAGAAGCAGUCACAAAUCAUUACUCUCCAGAACUCCGUGCCAGAAUUCUAGCUAUUAAAGUCAACGGUGUCCACUCUGAUCUUAAGCUUCCCACUAACUUGCCUGCCACACCCAAAUGCAGAACAUCCCUCCUACCCAAUGGUCUCAAGAUUUUAAUGUCUAGUUCAAAUCUACCGUCAAACCAACCUUUGUUGGAAUUGAUGGGAAAAUAUAUGCUGGUGUCACCGCCUCUACCUGGUAAACAAGUCUCGAGGACGUCUUCGGCACCUCCCCCAGGCCCACAUAUCUUUCACUACAGGCUCCCUAAAGAUGGGACAGAAGUUUGCGUUGAUGCUCGAACGUAUGGUAAUGAUGCCAGGUUCAUCAGGAGAUCUUGCAAACCAAAUGUGGAGAUUCGACAUUGCAUCGAGAAAGGAACUCUGCAUUUGUAUCUAGUUACUAUUUGUGCCAUUGACAAAAAUACAGAAAUAACACUACAGAACUUACCAGACAUCCCAAAUGUUGAUUGUCCUUGUGGUGGGAAGUGUGCCUCAAAACAAAACCACAUGUCAAACAAAAACGGAAUCAUCAUCCGAAGGAGUUCCUUAUCUCCUCCUCCUGUUAAAGAUAAAUCAUCGACUCCUGUUUUAACUGCUGAAGAACCUCAACCGGAGGAAUCAAGUGUAAGGCGCAGAAGCAUUUUGAAAGAUGAGAGGAAGAAAAGGCAGAGUCCUGCCUCAAGCGUGACGCUGGAAACAUUGGUGAAUAAAAAUGAAACCACUAAGAAACGAGGACGGAGAAGAACCGUGUCAGAAAGCGGAAAAGUUGUUGUACCUGUCGAGAAGUCUCAACCUCCAUUAGCUGUAGCUGAAAAGGAGCCAGAGAGACCCUUGAACUCUCCUCAAAGUGAUCGGGAGCGCAUCAAAGAAGAACGCGAACAGCCCUCCUUGACCAGACGCAACUCGUCGGUCAAUCUGCGGACAACUCGCAUCUCCGAGCAGAAAAAGGAGAAAGAAACCAAAGAGAAAACUUGUUCUACGCCAACUGCUCAGACCCCAGUCAAAUGCGAUCCAUCCCUUGCAGAUAGUCUUACAACGAAUGAUCCGUGUAAAAUGACAAGGGAAGAACGGAAACUUGCAGCCAUUUUAAAAGCAUUUGAUAGGCUUGAAAAAGAUCAAGCUCGAAAGCAAGAAUCUCAUCACAAGGGCUCAGCUCGAAAAGAUUCGUCUGACAAUGUUGAUGUUGUCCCGGAACCGAGAAUCCUGAAAUCUUCAGUGCAGCCACACACACCUGCAGUUAAACCAUCACCAAAAAAGAAGAGAGGCAAAAGGCGCAUCCUCAAUAGGAGUAUGUCAAAUUUGCAACCUAGUCCAAGAACAAGACGAGCAAUGCAGAGGCGAAUGAACACGGAACCCGAAACAAGUUCCGAUGAAGACGAUGAGGAUGUUCCAAGCAAGCCAACAACGAGACAUGCGUCAAAUAGACAUCCAAUAUCCCCUGAUAAAAACGAGCCUUCAACGCCCAUUAAAAAUGAGAGUGGAUCAAGCAGUGAUACUUGUAUGACUCCAGUCACCGUAUCCAACACGUGUCUGCUAGUAGCUGCAGCUGUUGGCCCACUCGCUCCAGGAUUCAAGUUUCCUCAGACAAAAAAGCCAUCACUGAACAGUUGGACCAAGUCCCAUGACUCAGCGGGCGGUGACGAGUCACCCCCUAAAAAUACUCCUCAAGGAAGCAAUGGAGUAACAGGGAACGGAAAUGGGGCUGGAUUUGCCAAGAAGCGUUGGCUAAGACAAGCCAUCAGCGAAGAAUCGGAGACACCCGCAGGUGGCUCUCCCUUCAUAGAGCAAGCAGUCGGACCAUUAAAGAAACGAAGGCUGGCCAGAGAGUCUAUGUCAUCGGAGCAGUCAUUCACUCCGCCAACAACGCCAACUCAUGUUGGCAGCAAUUCUCUGCCUGGUUUUGAUGAAGAUUCUCGCAUGUCAGCUCAUGAGGAAAUGAACAUGGACCAGGGAGCAACCAGUUGUGACUCAGCGAUUAACGAAGACGGUGAUCUCAGUCCUGAGCUCAUCAAAAGGAAUCUAAGUCCGGAGCUGAUCCAAAGAAAUAAGAACCUCGAAGAAGUGAAACAAGAACUCUUCGAAGAUGAAGCUGAGGAAGACAAGGAGCACCCGAUCGCAUCCAGCCCUGAACUGAUAAAAAGGGAACCUGAGCCGGAGCCAAAAAUCGAAGUAGAGUCGGACAAGACGGAGAUGAAACUCAUAGACAGGGUGGAACAGGAGUUGUCCAAUCUUAUGGGCUUUACAGAUACUAAACCGUUGUUGUUUAGUCUUGAAACAAAGAAAGAAGAGCAGCCGGAAGAAGUAGAAACGCCUCCGCCACAAGAGGCAACACCUGCAGCCGUCAGAAAAAAGCUUUCAAUAUCUGAGUACCGACAAAGAAAAGGUGGCAAUGCGCCUGUGAAACAACCAAUGACCGACAAGGACGAAGAAGAGUUAUCCGUUCCCCAUUCACCAUCCUCCUCGAGCUCGUCUCCGCCAACAUUCCCUGAUGUUGAAGAUGCUUCAGCGAUCAUUGCUAAAUCUCUAGAGCUCGAAUCCACUAUCGCUCAACAGCUGGACAGCAAAAAAGGUGGCAAAAGGUUUGUCGCAUCUUCAACCCUUGUGGAGAAGCAGAGAGAAAAUUUAACGGAAAGGCUGAAGCGUGAAUUUGGACUUGUUCUUGAUGAUGAUGAAGAGCAGGAGAAGAACAAGAGAAAAGUUUCGGAAGAUGACGAGCAAGAUAAAACCAAAAAGAAAACUUUGAGCGAUCCACCACCAGCUCUACCGAAACUGAAGGAGCCUAUCAUUUCAAUGUCUGUUCCAUCGAACUUCCCACCGGUUCCAACAACGAAGAAAACGAAACAUGGAUCGCAACCACCCCCUCCGCCGCCACCAUCAGAACCCCCUCCCUUGUUCCAACCUUUCUAUUACCCUUACUCUCAUUUUCCCCCAAUGCCGAGACAUCCUCACUAGAGAACAAUCAAAUGGUGAUGCGGUCAUUGUACGUGUAGAGUUCAAGGUUCUAUCACCUCGACGCUUGUGUUUCCUCUGACCAGUAGUCGAACACCAACUUGUUUUAAUAAUAAACAAAAUAAUUUUUUUAUUGCCUUUGCCAUUGGAAGAUAUUUUCGCUACCUGGCCUGAUUAGACCUACUAUCUCCAGCAUGAAUCGUUUGAGGUGUCUCAGAAUGGAAAACGAGACUUCUGCACUUGAAAAAGCCAUCAAGCAGUGAUUUCUGUGUAAUCAAAUCUAUACAUUUGUAUUUUUACUUUAAUUUUCAAAUACUUCUUUAUGAGGUUUAGGUGAAUUAGUUCUUCAUUGUAUCUCACAGUUUUUGUUCCAAUUAUAUGAAUAAUGGGAAUCAGGGAAUCCUUUUUGUUACAAAUUUAGGUUUUUUUCCUUUAAAUUUAUUUAUUAUUUUUUUUUUUUUUAAGUGUAUUGGUAGCCCCUUAUCUCUUUUUCAUUCCUAUUUAAGAUGCUGUAAAUAUUUUACAUUUGAAGCUGAAAAAAAAUGUAACAAAGCUGCAAAGCUAAAACAAAAAACAUAAACAAAAGUAAAUUGACAAAGAAAAAGUGCAAAAUGUGCAUGAUAGAAUCUAUGCACUUAAACAAAAAUAGAAAGAAAAAGAAAUACAAUUUUGUAUAUCUUGUAACUACAUGUAAAUAUUGUGGAUAAAUAUUUGUUGUAAAUAAGAUGAAUUCAUCUAUUUAUUUGCACUGUAUGCAAAAACUUGUAUCUGAGCCAAACCUGUGUCAGUUCUGUUACGCAUCUGUUCUAGACAUGUACUCCAUGCAAGUGGUUUCUAGGUUAGCCUAUCGAAGAGGUUAAAACUUGUAGAUUUCCUUUUGCAUUUUGUUGUACAUUUGCUAGGACUCAAACUCAGAAAUUUGUAAAUGUACAUAAAAGUGAAAUUUUAAUUUCUUUCCUUAUUUUUCUUUCUUCCUUUUUUACUGUAUCCUGCUUCUUUUUCAAUAAUGAUUCAUGAACACAAUUGAUACCAAAAAUCGAACAUGGAAGUGAUGGGAAUCAAUACUUCCAAAAUCAUCAUCAUUUGAAUCAUUAUCUUAAAAUGGAUAAUCUUCACUGUUGUUAAAAUUAUCCCAUAUGAUUUAUACAUAUGUGUAUUUAGAUUUGUACAUAUAUAAAUACAGAAACACUUACACACAGUUACAUAUACCUAUACAUAUAUAUAUUGUAUAUAUGAAAGAAUUAUAAAUAUGUAAAAUUUUAUAAAUUAGUCUUGUGCUGUGUAACUCUGCUCGCUUUCUGAUUAUCUUUUAUUUCUUCUGUUCUCUCUUUUUGAAUAAAAAUCUUGUUUUGAAACCAAACGCUAGUGUUAAAAUGUUGACUAAUAAUGUUUACACUUAAUUUCUAAGUUUAUGUAAGGCAAAAGUUAUCCUAAGAUGCUGUGACUUAAUCAUCCGUGCCAGUUUCCCCACUCGCAUUGUUCAGUCGGAGCAUAUUUUGCUCUGCAAUCAAAUCUAGCUUCUCCAAUCACUACUAACUCUUCACAGAAACAUACCCCCCACCUGUCAAAACUCUCUAGAACAAUAUCUCCAAUCUACCGUUACUCGCGGCCAAAAAAAUUAUCAUUUGUAAUUAUCUAUCACUUCUAAAAGCAUGAUUCUCAGUUGCAAUAUCAAUGCUCUUAUUGUUUCCUCUAUCUUUAAAAAGUUGCUCCUCUCUGCCCAUUACCGAUUAGGUAACCCACAACCGAUUUAGGUUGACUCAUUUUCCAAACGUGUACAACUUUUCUUUUGCUUUUUCAUUGUCAUUCUAAGGAUGUGUGCAGUCAAACAAGUCAUCAGUUUUAAUUUCAUUGUUAUCGAAGGAAGAUCGGAGUUUUUACUACCUAUAAAAUGUACUCAAUUUAAAUCGCACCUCUUGUUUCUCCUGUUGCACUGAAUUUUCCGGGUUCUCAAAAAGAGUCUCGAUGCAUUUAACCAGUAAAAUUUUCACCCCUUUAGUAAAUGUAGCUUUAUUUUGCCUGUUUUCUAAUGGAGCUACAGGGAUACUUGCGUUCUGAGAUAUUGACCUGCUACACAAUGUCACAGUUACCGUGAAAAACACGACCUCCCAAAAGUUCAUCUUUUGAAUGAAUGAGUUUGCUCUGUCCAUGUUAUGAUAACUUGCAAGAAAUUGUAUCUGCCUAAAUUUCAAACGUUAUGUUUUGGGACAUGAUGGUUUAUCAGCUGUGAUGGUCAAGAGAUUUAGCGAGACCAUAUUAUUUACAAGAUGAAGUAUAAGUGAGUUUAGCAGCAAUUAUCCUGGGUUUUUUACAAUAUGGAAGCAUUUUAAUUUCCUUAAAUUGCAGCCUUUAGCGAGAAGAAGAUUAAACGCCAUGACAACCCUAUCGUUGAAUAAUGCCUAUGUAAGAGGAGGAAAAUUUCUAAAUGCAUCAGGGCUACUGGCGUUCCUUAGUAGUUGUGAAAAUAGCAUGGGUUAGAAGUAAAGAUCUUUUUAAUAUUUUUCAUGAUCUGCAGGUAAACCUUAAAAAUUUAUGUUUUUAUUAAGAAUUAUCCUUUCUUAAAUGAUCCUUGCAGUUUUCAUUCCAUUGCAGCCGUGAAGAAUUCCCCUAAUUGUGAGAAUAAAUUUUUAAUUUUGACAUAAACAUGUGUUAGAGCAAAACUAAAUCCAGAUAAUAAAUGUGUAAUGUCAAGGGAGCGUUUAGAUUUUGUUGUCUUGCUGUUUACUGCUGUAAAUUUUUGUGAGUUGCUCAAAUUAUGAAAACAACUGAAUUUUUAGUCGUAAGAUAAUUCAAUUCUUAAAUUCAAACAUCUUUUUCUGUUCCUGUAAUAUUAUCUGUGUACCGAGUCCUGUGGCUAAAGAUACGGUUUUGUCCUGAAAAGAUUGUGUGAAUUUUGGUAGCAAAGUGAUUGAUAUUUCAAGUUUUCUCAUAGCCCAAAACUUUUUGGGCACAGUUUAGUGGUGAUUACUUACCCAGAGCAUUCUUAGUUUUCUUCCAAAUCUCUUUAUCUUUCCUCUUGUUUUUUUUGCACGUGGGAUUAAACUGUAUCAGUGUUUUUCCUUAAUCUUCAUAGUUUAUUUUUCCUUUUUCCUUCUGCUGUGUAGUAUUCUCUGUCUCUUGUCGUUGCCAUUUAUUUUGGCGAAGAUACUGUUUUUGUUCGAGUUACGUUGGAUAUGGUUCAUGCAAUCGAAUUUAAUGAGAAAAUUUUCCAGUUCACAUUUUGCAAGUCUCCACAAACUCUCUCAUUUUCUGUGUACCUUAUUUAUUGUUCAACAUUUCUUCAUAAGCCUGUCAUGUCAGCUGAGAUCCUGUAGUUACAUUUCAUUUCUUUUCACCAUAUUUUUCUAUUGUAUGUUACAAUGCCCUUCCCAUCAUUCAAAAUAAUUAAUAGAAGGAGUCUUUUACUUUCUCGCAGUUUUUCCUAGGGAAUUUCUAUACUCUCGUAUCAUUACGAUAAGUAAGUGCUGCAUGGUUCUAUUCAAAUUUUUCAUGAAUGCUAUGUUGAAUGUAAACCUAGGGCCUUUUUUUUCUAAGUAGUUCUAAGACCAUUCCUAUGUGAUCUACCAUUUUUAAAAUGCUGGCACUAUAUACAAUAAUCUACAAGUUCUCUUGUAAUAAAUGGUAUCAAACUGAUAAAAGAGAGGAAAGAUGGAAGAUUUGUUUCAGUCCAAGAGUAAAUCAUCAAUCACUAAAGCAUCGCAUGCCAAGCCUAAAUUGAAUGCGCUCAUAUAUAUCUAUCAUUUUUCACUCAAGCAAAGUCUAGGGAUGGAGGUAGGAUAGGGCAGAUAAUUGACGGAGGACAAAUAUAAUUGUAUUUUUGGUAGUUUGCAUUUCGAUUGAUUCAGUUUAGUUUUUCCUGAUGGGUCUAGCUGCUGAGGUUUUCUGUAUCCGGUUGGUUCUGCUCCAGUGGAUGCCUUGCACGUUUCUUGUUAUCUUUCCAUGUUCCACAAUUGAGAGUUUAUUUUUUUGAGAUAUCCAUACAAUAUUAAUAUUUAAUAGUAAUUUGGCAAGAAAAAAACUAGAUUGCUUCUCUUGGAAUAAUCACCUCUUUCAAAGAAAUUUUCUAGCGAAUCAAACAUUGAACAACUCACAAAUGUUUAAUGUUCUAACUUGAAAUAGAGAUUUGUAACUGAAAGUGCAAUAGAAAAUUUUCAUAAAAAAUUUGUACUGGAGUUUUAUCAUCUGUCCAGAAAUUAGUGUAGGAACACUGAUCAGAUAUGUCUCAUGAGCAUACAAUUUUAAAGCACUCUCACUGUUGUGUUUGUAAUAAUUUUUUUUUCUUUUUGUUAAACUUAAAUCUUACUUUUCCAAGAUUCAUUUUAGUGGGAAUCCAAUCAAUCUGUCCGAUGAUCCACUCAUCUAAGCGAGAUGAAUUUUAGUUCUUUGAUAUGAAUAUGUUUCGAUGAUUUUUUCUGUACUAUCCGGUGAAUAAGCUUUAGUCUGAUUUUUAUGCAGAUGAGUUUCUUGUUAAUUUCUGUAAUUCCAAUCCUUUCUCAUUGUAUUUCUAUGAUUUUUGCAGUUAAAGAUUUAUAAUGCUCAUGUUCAUCCAAAAGUUAAUUAAAUUUAUUUUUGUAGAUUACCACAAACUCUCCAAAUCUAAUGUUUCAUUGUGCUGUCACUACUACGAUUAUUCCUCAUGCUUCAACAAGCAACUCGGACCAUCAAUUCUGCUUGGAAUUCUAGAAUCUCUUUGCUCGUGGAUCGAACAUGCCAUACUGUACAUGUUUCACUAAGAAGAAUAUUAAUGGCGUUACAUGAAGUGUUCUCUGCAAGUAAUACGUAUUCAGAGAUUCUCGCAAAAACCCAUUGCACAUCAAUCAUUUCACCAGUAUCUUGAAGCAAAGUUACUCUCAGUUGCCAAAUUGUGCUAAAGAAUCAGCACUUUUUCCCAUUCAACUCAAUUUAAAGUAUGCCAAUUUUAUCACAUGAUGUGGCAGCCUUGAGCACACUCGAUACUUAUGCUUUAACUAUUUUUAGGAUGUCUUGAACAUUAUAUUCUGUUUAGUAUGUUUAAAUAUUUUAAUGUUGGGGAUAUUCUUAAAAAAAUUGUGACGAAUGUUUGUAAGAAGCUAUUAAACUAUUUUUUUAUGAUCCAUCA